GUGUUUCCAGGCGACGCCCCCAAGCUCAGCCAAUAGAUUACCUCCCCCGCCGGGUGGCCGCUUGCACUCACUCACCCUCUUACACAGUGACAGCUGGAUCAGAGCAGCAUGGCGACCUCACCGGACAAAAAAUGCCACUCUGAGGGCUAUAUGGCGGCUUACCAGCACUUUGCCACCCAGGCCAUCCACACAGGGCAGGAGCCUGAGCAGUGGUCAUCCAUGGCAGUGGUGCCCCCCAUCUCCUUAUCUACCACCUUCAAACAGAAUGCCCCUGGGGAGUACACGGGAUAUGAAUAUAGCCGCAGUGGAAAUCCCACCCGAAAUUGCCUGGAAAAAGCCGUGGCUGCCUUGGAUGGAGCCAAAUACUGCUUGGCCUAUGCAUCUGGCCUGGCUGCAACAUUGAAUGUUGUUCAUCUGCUGAAAUCCGGGGAUCAGAUAAUCUGUACAAGUGAUGUGUAUGGAGGUACAAAUCGAUAUUUUAAUAAGAUUGCCUCCGAAAUGGGUAUAAAACUAGCUUUUGCUGAUUGCUCGGAUCUAAAAUGUCUGGAAGCAGCGAUUACAUCUGAUACCAAGCUGGUGUGGAUUGAGACUCCUACCAACCCCACGUUAACGGUUAUUGAUAUCCAGGGCUGUGCGGAUAUUGUUCACAAACAUAAGGAUGUUAUCUUGGCGGUUGAUAACACUUUCAUGUCUGCAUAUUUCCAGCGUCCCUUGUCCUUGGGGGCCGACAUUUGCAUGUACUCUGCAACCAAAUAUAUGAACGGUCACACUGAUGUCGUUAUGGGCUUAGUUUCUGUUAAUUGUGACAAGCUAUACGAACGACUGAAAUUCCUUCAAAAUGCCCUGGGAGCGAUUCCAUCCCCCUUUGACUGUUUCCUCCUAAACCGUGGUCUGAAGACCUUACAUCUAAGGAUGAAGCAGCAUUUCAAAAAUGGACUUGAAGCAGCAAGGUUUCUGGAAAAAGAUCCUCGUGUAGAGAAAGUAAUAUUUCCAGGGCUCCCAACACAUCCUCAGUAUGAGCUGACCAGGCGCCAAUGCACCGGAGUACCAGGGAUGAUUACAUUUUACAUUAAGGGAGACCUUGAGCAUGCCAAGAUAUUCCUCAAGACCCUAAAGCUUUUUGUGUUGGCUGAAAGCCUUGGAGGAUACGAAAGUUUGGCAGAACACCCAGCAAUUAUGACUCACUCUUCUGUACCAGAGGAUAUGAGAGCCACCUUAAACAUUAGCGACACUCUGAUCCGCCUCUCGGUAGGGUUGGAAGACAUUGAAGAUAUUAUUGAUGAUCUAGACCAGGCUCUGAGGGCCGCGCAUCCAGAUAUUACAAAUCGCAACUAAAUAUCCAGGAUUUGAUGGCAUCAAUGAAGAAUUUCUGUUAAAUGCAAAGCAAUGAAUCCUGCAUUAAUCAAUCAAUGGGUUGCAAUGUUGUACAUUUCCCAAAAGCAGACUAUUUUCAACUCACUCCAUCUUUCUCCAGAAAUCAAUGACCGAAAUAAAUUUCCUUUUAUUGCAUGGGUAGUUUUGGUAGUUCAGCGGUUAUUCACUGUAAUUGGGAGGGUUGAACCUUAUUCGGCAUGAAUAAGU